AUGUUGGCCAACUCCUCAGCCAACACCUCUUCUACCAACAGCUCUGUUCUCCCGUGCCCCGACUACCGGCCCACCCACCGACUGCACAUGGUGGUCUACAGCCUGGUGCUGGCGGCCGGGCUACCCCUCAACGCGCUGGCCCUCUGGGUCUUCCUGCGCGCUCUGCGCGUGCACUCGGUGGUGAGCGUGUACAUGUGCAACCUGGCGGCCAGCGACCUGCUCUUCACCCUGUCGCUGCCCGUGCGCAUCUCCUACUACGCACUGCACCACUGGCCCUUCCCGGACCUCUUGUGCCAGACGGCGGGGGCCAUCUUCCAGAUGAACAUGUACGGCAGCUGCAUCUUCCUGACGCUCAUCAACGUGGACCGCUACGCCGCCAUCGUCCACCCGCUGCGGCUGCGCCACCUGCGGCGGCGCCGCGUGGCGCGGCUGCUGUGCCUCGGAGUGUGGGCGCUCAUCCUGGUGUGCGCCGUGCCCGCCGCCCGCGUGCACAGGCCCUCGGCCUGCAGCCACCGGGGCCUCGAGGUGCGCCUGUGCUUCGAGAGCUUCGGCGACCAGCUGUGGAAGGGCAGGCUGCUGCCGCUCGUGCUGCUGGCCGAGGCGCUGGGCUUCCUGCUGCCCCUGGUGGCCGUGCUCUAUUCGUCGGGCCGCGUCUUCUGGACGCUGGCGAGGCCCGACGCGUCGCGGACCCAGCGGCGGCGGAAGACCGUGCGCCUCCUGCUGGCCAACCUCGUCAUCUUCCUGCUGUGCUUCGUGCCCUACAACGCCACGCUGGCCGUCUACGGGCUGCUGCGGGGACACCUGCUGGUGGCCAGCCACGCGGCCCGCGACCGGGUGCGCCAGGUGCUGAUGGUGCUGGUGCUGCUGGCCGGCGCCAACUGCGUGCUGGACCCGCUCGUGUACUACUUCAGCGCCGAGGGGUUCCGCAACACCCUGCGCGGCCUGGGCACGCCGCUCCCGGCCAGGACCGUGGCCACCAACGGGGCUCGUGGCGCGCUCGCCGAACUGCGCGUGGAGGCCACGCACACCGCAGCGCCGGACGCUUCCAGUCAGGGGCUGCUCAGGCCCUCCGACCCCGGGACGCCCUUCACGCAGCGGCCCCAGGACUCGGCUCUCUGA